ACUAGACCUGAUUGGGUGGUGGUUCGGAUAUCUGCAUUGAACUUGAUGGGGGUUGGUCCGCAUAGUUUGAGUAGGUGGGGAGUUACCCAAACUAGAAUUCUGCCAUUGAAGGAAGCACCCAAUGUGGUCACGAGAAAAGAAGUGGUGGGGGGAGGGAUUCUGAAACGCAUGAGGCCAAGCUGUAAUGUUGGUGACAUUGCAAAUGCACUAAU